CUCAUUCGGUUUGUGAUCGUCGUCGUCCAUGCAACGGCGUCGUUUUGUACGGAAUUGAUUAAAAGAAUUUUGUUUUUAUUAUAAUCCAAAAAAAUUAUAACCAUAAAUAAACCCACAAAUUAUAUGUAAAAUAAAAUAAUGCUAUAAAUUUAAUCGGAAACGUAUAAAUAAUUGAAAGAUAAUAAUAAAGUAGUGUAAAUAUAAAACAACCAGUGAAAGUUCAAAAAAAAAUAAUAAUUAUUACAAUUAUUGCUAUGUAACAAUUAAAACAAAUAGGUGUACCUAUAUUUUAGAAGAAAAAAAAAAAACAACUUUAGUGUAAACAAGUACAUAUUGGUAAUAAUAAAUUAAAAAUUAACAACAAAAUAAAGUUCAUACAACAUUAUUAAAUACAAUUUGCUUGUUUCGCCUUAUUCCGACGGUAUUUCAAAAAGACGAAAAGAGAAAGAAAACCUCAAUAAAACUUAAGAACAAGAAAAAUAAACAAAAACCCCUUUGGAUCUUAUUUAAUUUGUUUUUUAACGUGUUAUUCUUAUUAAAAAAUAUAUAAGUUUUCAUAAUGCCUAACGGUUUACUCUGCCAACAGAUCCAUCACCACUGACCUCUGUUCCCCUCUCCUCUGCCACUGCCGGCCGCUCAUUUAUAUAUUUACGAUAUCAGUUACGAUCAAUACAAAUUGUAUUUGAUUUUGUUCGUUUGUUUGUUUGUACGGCACAUACUUUUGUCUAUUGUUUGGCGGCAUCAAUAAUAAUUGCGUCAAUAAGUGAUUGAGUGUGAGAAUUUCAAAAUUUCCAAUUUGUUUAUUUUUACAAGAAUAAUUUAACAUAAAUCUAUCAAAAUUCUGCACCUAAUGCAACUAAAUACCAUGGACUGCACCGGGCGUUCAAAUUUAAAUGAACGUGAUUCGGAGCUUGGAGAUGAUAUGUCACAUGAUGAUCAUUCCGAUGAUGAAAUGCGUGACUGUGAUUCAGUUGAAGGGGAUCACAUCUCUAGAGUAGGAUCGCGCUUAAAUUCAUCUAUGACAAGUAACGGUGCGGGAACGGCUGGUGAUAUGAGUGGUCCUGAUCAUCCCAAUGAUAUGGCCAUGAGCCAUCAUCAUCAAUUUCCAUCAAACCACCCUUUAAAUGCCUUGGGUAGUUUUAUGGGCAUCGGUAGUUUACACGGUAUUCCAAAUUUACAGCACAAUGAUGUGUUGGAGAAACUUAAAAUGCAAGUUCGUGAUAUGAAAGUAGGUUUAAUGGAUCAAGAAUAUGCUGCAGCUCAUGCAGCUGCAUUUGGAUCAAAUGUAUUGUCAACACCAAUAAAUACAGCUUUCACAUUACCACCCACAACAAUGGCAUCAUUUACACAUGCCGCACAGACUCUGGCUGCUCAAGCCGGCAACAAUAUAAAUUCACAUUUGAAUGCAAAUUCUUCAUCGUCUUCAGUCGGUGGGCCUUCAGUCCCCAAUGGCAGUCAUAAUAGUUUUUCAUUUACCUCCCCAACGGCACCCAGCUCAAAAGAUGUAAAUCCUGCCUCGAAUUCAUCAACAUCUAGUGAAACAUCAAAUUCUUCACAGCAAAAUAAUGGCUGGAGUUUUGAGGAGCAGUAUAAACAAGUUCGACAGCUAUAUGAGAUCAAUGAUGAUCCCAAACGUAAAGAGUUCCUUGAUGAUCUAUUUUCAUUUAUGCAAAAGAGAGGCACACCCAUUAAUCGUUUACCAAUAAUGGCUAAAUCUGUAUUGGAUCUUUAUGAACUGUAUAAUUUAGUGAUUGCCCGAGGAGGUCUCGUCGAUGUUAUUAACAAAAAGCUAUGGCAGGAAAUCAUAAAGGGACUUCAUCUGCCAUCUAGUAUAACAAGUGCAGCGUUCACACUACGAACACAAUAUAUGAAAUAUUUGUAUCCCUAUGAAUGUGAGAAGAAGAAUUUAAGCACUCCAGCAGAACUACAAGCUGCUAUUGAUGGAAACCGUCGGGAAGGACGUCGUUCCAGUUAUGGUCAAUAUGAAGCAAUGCACAAUCAAAUGCAAAUGCCUCAAAUGGCUCGCCAAUCUUUGCCAGGCGGCAUGCAACAGAUGUCCCCAUUAGCUUUGGUAACACAUGCGGCUAACAAUCAACAGGCUCAGGCUGCAGCAGCAGCUGCGGCUGCACACCACAGACUGAUGGCACCCUCGUUUGGUCAAGUUCCGAAUUUGGUAACACAGGAAAUUGAGCAGCGUAUGAUCGAAUAUUUGAAGUUAAUUCAAGUGAAAAAAGAACAAAAUGCCAUGAGCAACGGUUCGGGUCCUAUGGGUCUUUCGCCUCACCAUCAGCAUCAACAGCAGUCUCAAUUACAGCAACAACAGCAGCGUCAGAGAUCCCAAAGUCCUGAGGGCAACCCAGGCAUGAAUGCUUUAGAAAUGUCACGUGUGGCACUGUGGCAAAUGUAUCAAAACAAUACAUCACCACCAGCUUCUGUGAAUACCUCACCACAAGGUGGCGGUGGUAGCGGAAAUACAAACAGUGGCGGCAGUCAUGAUGCUCAACGUAGCGAAGCCAUAAACCUGUCGGAUUCACCACCGAAUCUCACCUCAAUAAAACGUGAGCGAGAACGCGAACCCAGCCCGGAAAUGAGUGAACAUAAUGAUUUUCACCACCAACCUCCUCCAGCAAAACGUGCCGGAUUUCCUGCCAGUUUUUACUUACCACCAGGCAUGAGUGGCAUGGCUGCUGCUGCCGCCGCUGCCAACUUCCAUUACAAAGGUGGCCAGCACGAUUCCGAUGCUGAGGCGGACGAAGAAAACGAUGACGAUGAAGGCGACCAUAAUACAACAGCAAAUUCCUCGCACGAUGACCCAAAUGAACGCCAGCAUUUAAAUGGCGGUUCACUCCGAGCACCACGACACCAUGGCAGCAAUAGCAGUGUACACAAUGAUAAGUCUGACGAUUCAGCCAUUGAAAAUUCUCCCUCCACCUCAGCGGCAUCGGCUGGCAAUGGCCACAUUUCCCCGGUAUCCACUAAGAAAAUUCACUUAUCAAAACAGACACAACAACAACACCAUGCUGCAACGGCGAACACUAACACCGGUGGCACACUCGCUGAUAAUAUGACGACUGGUAAAUCUACCUCGCUGGGUCCAUUCGAGGCGUUGAACUUACUAUCUGGAAUGCAAUUUCGUGUAACACGAAACGGUACCAAUUCUAAUGGCGAACAAGAGUUAAUGGUUAACCUUGAAUUAAACGGUAUUAAAUACUCUGGUGUACUUGUUGCAAACACAUCAAAUCUUGCAACAAUAUCAACUGAAACAACGACGUCGACAUCCACAAUGUCGGUAAUCGGUGACAACAGCUUCAGUAACAACAAAAAUGUCAACAAUUCUAAUAAAAGCGAGAAAAACAUCACAAACUGUAGUCGUAAGAACGGCAGUCACUGCCACAGUCCCAAGGAAGACAAGGAUUUAGUCGUUGCCAUGGAUGCAAUGGAAGAUACAAGUGCAUUGACAAUGCGUGAUACAGAAACACCACCAAACACAUCCAUGAUAACAACAAAAACAACACCAUCAACAAAUCAAACAAAUGCUGUCAUAGCAAAUGGUCCCAACCCCAGUAGUAGCAGUAGCAAUAGUAGCACUAAUACACUCAAGGAUGCCCUAAUAACAUCAUAGAAACACACACACAUAACCACACAAACACACGCUUGCAAAUAGACAGACGUAUGUAUGUAUAUAAUCAAGUUGUUGAAUAGAGUUAAACAAGGACCUUGAAUACAUUGUGUUGCUGUGCUGUUAAAAAAAAGAGGAAACGAACAAAAAUGAACUGUCGGAAGCAUGUAAAUGGAGAGAUGGAAAAAAACUAAAAUAAAAUAAUAUAAAAGAAAAAUACAACAUUAACAAGCAGGUAAACAAGUGACUGACAAGAAUCAAACAUAAUUUUAAACUUGGAAAUUUAUUUAAACUACUAUAACUAUAACGACAUCAGCAACAGAAAACAAUCGAAGAGUGCGAAGGAUACUGCAACAAAAAAUACCAACAAAGGAAUAUGAAUAAAUUCACAGAACCGCACACACACACAUAAACAUGUAUGUACUUGCUUACGACACUUUACGCAAGUAUCCAAGGACGAGCAUAAUGAUCAAGAGGACUUGGUAUGUCCAGUGGUAUUUAACCUUAAUGUUACAUUUCAAAAAAGGACCAAAAACAACAAACGAAAUGGACUUGUUGCCCUUAAGUGAAAAACACACAUUCAACGUUUACAAUGUAUGUUUGUUCGUUUGAUGAUGAUUCUGGAUGGAUUUUCUAACUAAAUACAAACGCACACUCAUACUCCUAAAAAGUCCUUAAGAGUAGACGACAUAUCAACUCUACUCAAAUAAGUUUGUACCAAAGGAAAGUUAGAAAAAUAAUAAAACUAAAAUUAUAUUAAAACCUCAAGAGCAACGACAGCAACAAUAACAACUACUACUAGUAAAACUAUACAGCAUGAUAUGAUUUUUAAUUAAAACAAAAACAACAGAAAAAUUACACAAAAA